GGGAGGCGGAGCCAAGUCGGGGAAUCCUGCUCCCCGCGAGCGCUCGACCCUGUAGAGCAGCCGCGCUGUCCGAGGGCCCCCGCGCCGGGGGCGGCGGGGAACCCCCGAGCGGCCGAUCCGGGAAGGAUCCCGGAGCCGAGCGAGGCGCUGCCACCGCCUCCGCGCCGUCCCCGCGGUCCGGCAGGUGCCCGGCCACCGUCUCUCCGUCCGGCCGCCCGUUCCCGCGGUCCCGCCGGCAGCUCGCCCUCCGGUCUCCCGCACGCCAUGCAGCCGCCGCCGGCACCGCGCGUGUAAGCGCCCGCCGCCGGCCAUGCUGCCCCUCCUCGCCGCGCUGCUGGCCGCCGCCUGCCCGCUGCCGCCCGCUCGCGGCGGGGCCGCGGACGCGCCGGGCCUCCUCGGGGCGCCCCCCAACGCCUCCACCAACGCGUCGUCCGCGGGCGAGCCCGCCGCCCCGCGGCUGCUGGCCUCGGCGGCUCCCGGGCCCCCCGAGCGCGCGGGCCCGGAGGAGGCGGCGGCGCCCUGCAACAUCAGCGUGCAGCGGCAGAUGCUGAGCUCGCUGCUCGUGCGCUGGGGCCGCCCGCGCGGCUUCCAGUGCGACCUGCUGCUCUUCUCCACCAACGCGCACGGCCGCGCCUUCUUCGCCGCCGCCUUCCACCGCGUCGGGCCGCCGCUGCUCAUCGAGCACCUGGGGCUGGCGGCGGGCGGCGCGCAGCAGGACCUGCGCCUCUGCGUGGGCUGCGGCUGGGUGCGCGGCCGCCGGCCCGGCCGCCUCCGGCCCGCCGCCACCGCCGGGGCGCCCACCGCGCUGCCCGCCUACCCCGCGGCCGAGCCCCCCGGGCCGCUGUGGCUGCAGGGCGAGCCGCUGCAUUUCUGCUGCCUGGACUUCAGCCUGGAGGAGCUGCAGGGCGAGCCGGGCUGGAGACUGAACCGCAAGCCCAUCGAGUCCACGCUGGUGGCCUGCUUCAUGACCCUGGUCAUCGUCGUGUGGAGCGUGGCCGCCCUCAUCUGGCCGGUGCCCAUCAUCGCCGGCUUCCUGCCCAACGGCAUGGAGCAGCGCCGGACCACCGCCAGCGCCGCCGCCGCGCCCGCCGCCGUGCCCGCGGGGACCACCGCCGCCGCGGCCGCCGCCGCCGCCGCCGCUGCUGCCGCCGCCGCGGCCGUCACCUCGGGGGCAGCGACCAAGUGACUCGCUCCGCGCCUCCCCGCGUCCGCCCGGCGUCCGUGCUCUCGGGGUGCCUUUCCCGCCGGGAGGCUCGGCCCGCGUGCUUCGUGCUGUCGUGUCCGUUAGUUCUGCGCGGGAGGGGUCGCCAGAGAGGCGCGGGCGCGUUUGCAAAGCCAGGUUUGUGCGGCGCUCUGGCUCCGAAAAGAUGCCAGCCCUUGUACCCGCCGAGGGGAGGGGACCGCCGCUGGGAAGACGGAGCGGAGGGAAAUGGGGCCCUUUCCCCACUCUUGCAUCUCCCUGCCCUCCUCCCUCCCACACCCACGUGCCCUAUAUUCAUGGCAGAAAAUGACCAAAUCCUGUGUAUUUGUUUUAUAUAUUUAAUAACUGUUUUAAAUGAAAGUUUUAGUAAAAAAAAAAAACCACAAAUCAAAUUGCUAUUGCUGUAGUAAGAGAAGUUCUUUGUAUCCGAACAUAGUAUUUGGAGUUCGUUUGUUUUUUGAUUUAUUUAAAAGGGGGAAGCGGCAUGGGAAUGAUUUAACACUGAUAUGUUGUUACCGCUGAAAAUGAACUUUAUGGACCUUUUCCAAGUUGAUCUAUCUAGUGACGUGUCCCGGUGGGCGUUUCUUCUUGUACUGUGUUUUUUUGGCUUUUAAUACAGACAUUUUCCUCCAGA